GAUAGGGCCAUUUCUACUGGUCCAUCGGCCCCUCUCGCCGUUGCACCUCUGCCCGCACGUCACUUCCUCCAGCCUCUUUCGCUUCCAUCUUGCUCACCGCGUGUGCGCGCUGCUAGUGUGCAGGUCAGUUAGGAGCUCUAAAAUACCUUAUUGCCUGCACUGUUUCUGCCAUUCUCCAACGACACAAGGUAAACAAUAUCCUUGGUUAUCAGACCGGUGAAAAUCUUGGAGUUUGAACUCACGGGGACUUGGUAAACGAGUGUAGAGUUGGGAGGUGGAGUCUGACUCACAGGCCCCAUACCAGCUAAUCGAAUUUAGCAAUCUUUCUAACGUUGGCCAACCUGUUAGCCUGGUAUCUAGCCAGCAGCGGCAAAAGGCCCGUUAACUAAAUCGUUUAAUAUCUGGCUUUUACUUAUCAGUGGUCAUCGUCAAUCCCUCAAAUGGUUGUAGAUAUUUAGCAGGCGUGUCGAUGGCCAAGAUUGUGCAUUUUAUCCCCGUAUUCCGCUCUUAACUUUUUCGUUUAGGUAGGUAGUUCGCGAACGUUAGUAUUAGCUAACCGUUGUAACGACCUAUUAUUAACCAGCUAACUUGUUAGCUAGCGCCAAUAUCUGGACAGAAAUUGGUUCAUAGUCUGUCUAGCAGACAAAUGACAACUAGGUAACGUUAGGUACAGUUAAUCAAUUUGUGAUCCGUCUGUCAUUAACUUACUAGGAAACAUCGAAUCGUUUGUUUUGGUUGCAGGUCUGUGUCUAGGAAGCGUCUAACUUUUUUAUGUUCUACUUCUACCGUAAUUAUGUAGCUAACGUUAGCUAGUUAAUGGCAGCUGCUAGAUGAUACUGUACUGCUCAACAGGACAUACCGCAGCUUUGCCUUCUCAACCAUAGUCUUGAUUUACUGGUUUUGGGGUGUUUGAUACUUUACGUUAACAGAACUAGUACUCACUUGCCUAGGCGUGUGCCUACCAACUUGUAUUUUAUGACACAAUUAAGAUAGCUAGGCUACAUGUACUUAUGUAGUGAUGUUUGUAGUUAAUAUACUUAAAUACAGGCCUAGCUAGUUAAGUGAGGCAGGGUUUGCAAACGGUUUUCAAAAUGUAAUGUUGGAUAACCAGAAACAAAAGGACAAUUAUAGAUGCAGUGAUAUAACUCAACACCUACCGUGUCUAUUUCAGAUGAAAGAAAUAAUAAUGAAUCAAGAAAAACUUGCCAAACUUCAGGCACAAGUCCGCAUCGGCGGCAAGGUAAGAAGCUGUUCACAUCAAUCAAUUGUUUCUUCACCGAGUGAAUGUUUACACAAAUAUGUCAAUAUGAAGCUCAUGUCUCACACGUGUUAAAAGAUCAGGUACUUGAAUCUAUCUUUUCUCUUUUACAGGGCACUGCUCGCAGAAAGAAGAAGGUUGUGCACAGAACAGCAACUGCAGAUGACAAGAAACUUCAGUUCUCCCUAAAGAAACUAGGAGUCAACAACAUCUCUGGCAUCGAAGAGGUAAGGUCUGGUCCUCUCUCCCUCUGUAACCAUCCCUUUUUAAAUGGAUGUUGGAGUACUUUAAUUGAUAUGAAAAUUAAAUUGGAACCCACUGAUUUAUUUGAGAGCAAAGGAGGGUUCAUUUCAAGGCACACUUUAGCUAGCUGCCACCUUUAAGUCUUCAGAAAGGGAGGUGUCUAUUCUUUCAGAUUGUAAGUCUAUAACUACGAGUAAAAUCGCAUAACCAUUCUCGUUUCUCCUCUGUUCCUCGCAGGUGAACAUGUUCACAAACCAGGGGACAGUGAUCCACUUCAACAACCCCAAAGUGCAGGCCUCCCUGGCAGCCAACACCUUCACCAUCACUGGCCACGCCGAGACCAAGCAGCUGACAGAGAUGCUCCCCAGCAUCCUCAACCAGCUGGGAGCAGACAGUCUGACUAGCCUCCGGAGACUGGCCGAGGCUCUUCCCAAACAGGGUACGUGGGGCCGAGGGAGGGAGUGAGAUGGGAAGGGGGACUGGUUCUAAUGGUUCAGGAGACUGGCCGAGGCUCUGCCCAAACAGGGUACGUGGGGCUGGGGGAGGUAGCCGGAUGGGGAGGUAGUACUGGCCGAGGGUCUGCCCAAACAGGGUACAUGUGUCUAGGGAGUGGGUAGGGUAUGGAUACUGGGAUGUAUUCACUAGGAAGCAAUUGAAAUGGGGAGGGACCUACCUGAAUUUGUCCAAUAUAAACUUGUUUUCAUUGCAAAAUGUUUUCAGUUUGGAGUAAAUGUUUUCAGUUACACUUUUUGCUACAGAAGCAGACUAAUGGCUCAGGAGAGUCUGUUUUUAGGGGAAAUAUUGCCUGUGUUUUGGUUUUUGAAGGGCAGCACUUUUGUUGUCACUUUGUUUUUAUAUAUUUGAGAAGGGGCAUGUUUUUGUUUCAAGGCCAUGCAUUUUAUUGACAUUUCAACAGGCUUUACCUAAUCUGUUUGACUUGGCCACAAGUAGUAGAGACAUUGCUUUAGCGUAAGUGUGUGAGGAGGUGGAUUGGUAAUAAAAAACAGACAGAAAUGCACAGUAGCAAUCUCUGAAAGUUUUGGGAUGGGGGGGAUUUGAGGUAGGGCUGGAGGGUCUUGCAUUGAUUUUGAGCACUGGGCAGGCACUGACAUUGUAAUAGAAAUGCCAUUUGUUUAGACAGACUAUUUUAUAUUCGUAAUGAUUAAGUAUUGGAUACAACUUACUGAAGACCAGAGGCAUUUGUACAUAGCUCUGCAACAGGUUCGUAACAUCUCUUAUUUCUUCCCCACAGCUGGAGAUGGAAAAGCACCAAUCGCCCCCAUAGAGGAAGAGGAUGAUGAUGUUCCAGGUGGGUCAUGAACAGCCAUCUCACAGUUAAGAGGUCAUGAUUGUUUGAGUUUACAUCCCUGGUGUUACCCAAAAGUAUGACUUUUCUGUUUCCAUCUACGUGGGCUGGCACCCAUGUCUCACUGGGCCAUGGCUUCGGCGGACAUGCUGUGACUUUGUGCCAAGGCCAGGCCACUGGUACUUUUCAUUUGGCAUUUACAUAACAAUGGCCAACAGUGAACUUAAACACCUUCUCACAAAGCAACUGUCUUGAUGAUGCAGAUGUUGUUGAUUCUGCUCACCACAAGUCUUAAGUGUCACACUCCUGAUGGAAACACAAUUACACUAGAGCUUUCAUUAACAUAAAACACUGACACUGGUUUGGGGUAAAGGCGUCAGCAUGCUUCAGUUCGGCUGAAGGCCCAAAUGAGGGUGCUCGCGUACUCCCUGAAAAGACUAUCGCUUGUAAAACGAGAAAAGAUCUGCAAUAGUACUGCUUGUCCAUUUUGAGAAGCCUCAAAAUAGUCCGAAUUAAUCUAAGAUAACUCAAGAAAUCUGUCAUUAAAUUUGACGUUUUUGACGAGAUCUUAGUCGUGGAAUUUUACAUCUAACUAAGAUGUUUGAUGCAGUAUUUCGCAAUGAACAAAUUUGCAUGAAAAAUAAUCCCUACUAUUGACCAAUCACGGACGAAGGGGCGUAAACUUCAGCUACCGAUUUCGGCUUGAAUCCAGGAAAAAAUGUAGUGUGCCCAAACAGCUGAAAAAACCCUCAUCGAAGUCCAAAACGAACAAAAACGUCUCAAUGUUGUCAUAACUUUUCCAAACUGUUUUGGCUGGGAAGCAUGCGGAUGCCUUUAGUCUUAGAUUGAAGUGCCGUAAUAGUGACAUUGUGUGCGGAAAAUAUCACACCAGCCUCUUGCAGUUGAUUUGAUGCGAUCCCACUCCCACCCUCUUGGCAUGGAUGAACACAUCUCCAGUUAUUGAUAAUUUUUCCUCCUUCCUUAUUUGAACGUGACCAUAGGGAUUGUGUAGGUAUCUUCAACAAUGGCUUUUUGUCCUAGACACUUGUAAGACCUUACUGUGCCCAACUCCUGAGUGGCGCAGUGGUCUAAGGCACUGCAUCGCAGUGCUAACUGUGCCACUAGAGAUCCUGGUUCGAAUCCAGGCUCUGUCGCAGCCGGCCGCGACCGGGAGACUCAUGGGCGGCGCACAAUUGGCCCAGCGUCGUCUAGGGUAGGGGAGGGAAUGGCCGGCAGGGAUGUAGCUCAGUUGAUAGAGCAUGGCGUUUGCAAUGCCAGGGUUGUGGGUUCGAUUCCCACGGGGGGCCAGUAUAAAACAAAUAUGUAAUCACUAACUGUAAGUCGCUCUGGAUAAGAGCGUCUGCUAAAUGACUAAAAUGUAAUGUAAAUGUCUCCACAACAACCACGUGUAGUGUUAUUUAUACUUUCUCCUAUGUCUGUGGCUACAGAAUAAGUUACAUCUGGGCUUGUAUUUUCCCUCGGAUAAUAGAACCGUGGCAGGUUUGCUUACUUUUGUGACGUGAAGGGGGUCAUGCUAAGGGGAUCUAACAAUGACUGAAGAAUUGAUGGUGAUUGGAGUCGGGGUGGUGGGUUUAGUGUUUGAAACGUUUGUUGUUUGAGUUCUGAAAGCACAGUUCGCUUUUUUUGUGGAGAAAACGGGUCCAAACACAUCAGGUUGCCAUUACAAUUACCCAUGGCUUUUCCCAGGGCUCUCUUUUUCUCGUAACCCAACGUUUUCACAAAUGUAACAAACAAUUACUCUCAUUCAGCGUAAGGAGCGGUUGAAGCCCGAUGACACAGGGUUAACGGUCUAUGCCGUCAUGUCAUUACCGGAGUUUAGUUUCCCUAUGUGUCCCCCCCCCCACACACACACUUAAAAUUAUAUUCAGACCUUUAGAAUUGUUUCCAUUAUAACUCUCGACCCCUCAGCCAAAUAUGAACCGGACAGAUUUAUCAGAUUAUUGAACAAAUGGGACCCUCCUUUUGAUCCUCAGUGCCAUGAUUUUUACAGCUGUUUUCUGGUGUUCUGUGGGGCUCCCUCUUGCAGAGCGAGACUCGUUCUCAGAGUGUAGAGGGAGAGCUGAUGGGGGGGGGGGUUUACAUUUUAGUCAUUUAGCAGACACUCUUAUCCAGAGCGAUUUACAGUUAGUGAGUGCAUUUUUUUAGGAGUAUAAAUUAUACCUGGGAUCAUGUUUCAGAUAAACACUUAAUUUGUCCUUAAGUGGACUGAGACCAGUAGAAAGACAGAUGGAGGCAUGUAUGUUUGGAGAGAGUACUGCCUGUGUCUUACCCUGACUGACAUGUAACUUACUGACCGUUGGCUUGUUGUUUCAGAUUUGGUGGAGAAUUUUGACGAGGCUUCCAAGGAUGAGGCAAAC